ACGUCAACUUGAGUUGUCAUCGUAUUUUGCUUUGAUCUUUUCGUCGCGAAAAUCCCGUCUGACACGCACGAACUUUCGUUCCUGUCCGAAAUCCGUGAAUUUCGACAGAAUGUCGCGAAACCGAGCAGCCGAGGAAACAGACAAGCAGACGCGUAUUGCCAUCGUCAGUUCCGACAAGUGCAAGCCGAAACGAUGCCGCCAGGAGUGCAAGAAGUCCUGUCCGGUGGUCCGGAUGGGCAAACUGUGCAUCGAAGUCGCAAUGGAUUCGAAAAUUGCGUCCCUCUCGGAGGAACUUUGCAUCGGAUGUGGUAUUUGUGUGAAGAAAUGCCCAUUUGAAGCCAUCACCAUCAUCAACAUCCCGAGUAACUUGGACAAACAUACGACUCAUCGUUACUCGAAGAACUCGUUCAAGCUGCAUCGUUUGCCGAUUCCUCGACCGGGAGAAGUGCUGGGAUUGGUUGGCCAGAACGGUAUCGGUAAAUCCACUGCGCUGAAGAUUUUGGCUGGAAAGCUCAAGCCAAAUCUGGGACGCUAUUCCGAUCCUCCGGAUUGGAGCGAAAUUUUGGCCCACUUCAGAGGCAACGAAUUGCAGAACUAUUUCACCAAGAUUCUGGAAGACAGUCUGCGGGCUUUGAUCAAGCCCCAGUAUGUGGAUCAGAUCCCGAAGGCGGUCAAGGGCACAGUUGCGGCUCUGCUGGACAAAAAGGAUGAACGAAACAAUCAGAAGGAAAUCUGCGCAAUGUUGGAUCUGACCAACAUUCGGGAUCGGGAGAUUCAAGCGUUGUCUGGAGGAGAACUGCAGCGUUUUGCCUGCGCCAUGGUUUGCAUCCAGGAUGGGGACAUUUUCAUGUUCGACGAGCCAUCUUCCUAUUUGGAUGUGAAGCAACGUUUGAACUGUGCUUUGACCAUUCGUUCCCUGAUCCACCCGGACAAGUUUAUCAUCGUUGUCGAGCACGAUUUGUCCGUCCUGGAUUAUCUGUCUGAUUUCAUCUGCUGUCUUUAUGGAGUUCCUGGAUGUUACGGUGUAGUUACUAUGCCUUUCUCCGUUCGCGAAGGCAUCAAUAUCUUCUUAGACGGUUAUGUUCACACCGAGAAUAUGCGUUUCCGUACUGAAUCGUUGACCUUCAAGGUAUCGGAAUCGGCUUCGGAAGAGGAAAUCAAAAGAACUUGCCACUACGUUUACCCAUCGAUGAAAAAGAAGCUAGGUGGUUUUACGCUGACCGUCAACGAUGGUCAGUUCAGCGAUUCCGAAAUCAUUGUGCUUCUGGGUGAGAACGGUACUGGUAAGACCACUUUCAUUCGAAUGUUGGCCGGUAAUCUGGAGCCGGAUGAGGAGUCUGAAAAGUUGCCCUGCUUAAACAUUUCCUACAAGCCACAGAAGAUCUCACCCAAGAGUCAAGGAACGGUUCGUUGGUUGCUGCAUGAGAAAAUCCGGGACGCUUACGUGCACCCACAGUUUAUCGCCGACGUUAUGAAGCCAAUGAAGAUCGAGGAAAUUAUGGACCAGGAGGUGCAGAAUCUCUCCGGAGGUGAAUUGCAACGUGUUGCUCUUGUUCUGUGCUUGGGUAAACCUGCCGACGUGUAUCUGAUUGAUGAGCCUUCGGCUUACCUGGACUCCGAGCAACGUCUUAUUGCGGCUAAGGUUAUUAAGAGAUACAUCCUCCACGCCAAGAAGACCGGUUUCGUGGUGGAGCACGAUUUCAUUAUGGCAACUUAUCUGGCCGAUCGGGUUAUCGUGUUCGAGGGAAAACCAUCCGUCGAUACGACCGCGCACACGCCUCAAUCCCUGCUGAACGGAAUGAACCGCUUCCUGGAACUGCUGGAGAUCACAUUCCGACGGGACCCGAACAACUUCAGGCCCAGAAUCAACAAGACGAACUCGGUUAAGGAUACGGAGCAGAAGCGCGCAGGUCAAUACUUCUUCUACGAAGAGUCUUAAAUUCCACCGGGCGCGCACCUUUAGAAGCCUCUUCAACUGGUAUUAGUCUGAGCCGGGAGCUGUCUCGUUUUACCCCAUGGAAGGAAAAUUGUAUUCAUUUUUUAAACCCUACUACAAUCAGCGAUCACGCUUGUAUUCUCUUUUGGAUGGAAUAAAGAAGCAGAAAAAUGUUGCAAAAAGGCGAAAAAUUGUGGAAGUAUCGUAUGAUGAACCAGAAGCCAUCGAAAAUGUAAUAGAACGAUGUACCCGAUUUGUAUUCAAUUGUAGAAUGUUUAUUUAAAUCCUGUUCUUGAAAAUCAGUUGUAGGACGAGUUGAAAAGUUUUCGCAAAAAGGCAGCAUUGAUUACGAACUGCUCCGAAAAAUUGGGAAGUUAGUGUUUUACUUAUGAUAAAAAGUGAAUUUAUUGUUUAUGCUUCUUACUAUUUGUAGAAUAAAUCUGGUAAAAAUGACA